AUUCAUUUGAAAGCCAACAUGUAUGCAGCCUUUCUUACGACAGUGAAAUCCUGUUGAUCAAAGGAACCGUCCUUGCAAGUCAGCGAGACAAACAGUAUGAUGUCCAGAUUGACAUUAAUGCAGAUAGAACCAUUAAAAGCGGUUUCUGCUCCUGUCCUGCAGGCCAAGGGAGAUGCCAUCACAUGGCUGCCCUUCUCAUACAUGCCCACCAUAACAUUUCCAAAACAGACAAAUCUUGCCAAUGGAAAAGGCAGAAGGCACCUACAGAUGACACUUGUGUCCCAAUCGAGCAACUCUUUGCCAAUCCUGAGCAACAGGACUACAGAGCCCUUGGUCACUCAAGGGCAUCAAAUUAGCAGAACUUGUAGACUCAGCUUGUGUGAAGGUUUUACUUGGACAAUUACUAGUGCUGCUGGAUCCUACUACUUGCGAAAGGAACUUUACGGAAUAUCGUUGGUUUUCCUGUUCACUCCUGUGUGGCGCAUAAUUUGUGCCAGUUUUCAACAAGUUGUGGAAUCCCAUCAAAGAAAAAAGCAUGAGAUUGA